AUAAGUGGGAUUCCGGCUACGGGCUUGAGCCUGAAAAGUCCAAGUUCAGGUUGUGUGAUUCCCGUGAAGAUACCCCCACUCCAACCUUUUCUCUUAGUGACGGCAAGACCUUAGUUUCAAAACAUGGAAAAUUUGAACUGGGUUUUUUCAGUCCAGGCAGUUCCAAGAGCAGGUACUUGGGAAUUUGGUACAAGAAUAUCCCAGUUAGAACGGUUGUUUGGGUGGCCAACAGACAAAGCCCACUCAAAGAUUUCUCGGGCACAUUGAUGUUCAAAAAAACAGGCAAUCUUAUUCUUGUCAGUCACAAAGAUGGUGUCGUUUGGGCAUCAAAUUCAUCGGGACAAGUUCAGAAUCCAGUGGCACAGCUGUUAGAUUCUAGAAAUCUUGUAGUAAGAGAAGUGAAAGACAUAAACUCAGAGGUAUAUGUGUGGCGGAGCUUUGAUUAUCCAUCUGAUACAUGGUUACCAGGUAUGAAAAUAGGAUGGGACUUAAGGGUUGGUCUGGACAGGCGGACAUCUUCAUGGAAGAAUUCCGAAGACCCUUCACCUGGAGACCUAACUUAUGGCAUAGAACGUCAUGAAUAUCCUGAGGCAGUUAUAUGGAAGGGUUCAAAAAAGUACUUUCGAACUGGCCCCUGGAAUGGCCUUCGAUUUAGUGGUGUACCUAACUUACGGUCCAGUCACUUGUAUAAAUUAAACUUUAUCUCUAAUGAGGAGGAGGUUUACAACACAUACCUGUUCACGAAUGAAUCUGAAAUCAUAAAGCUUGUUUUGAACCAAACCACCUCCAUGGCAGAGGGCCAUACAUGGAAGAAAGCUGAACAGACCUGGAAGACCUUUUUAUCAUGGCCGCUAGACUAUUGUGACAAUUAUGGUGUUUGUGGUGCCAACGGAAUAUGCGACAUUGCUGCCAUACCUGUUUGCCAAUGUUUUAUGGGAUUCAAACCAAAAUCACCGGAAGUAUGGAAGUUGUUGGACUUGUCACAGGGAUGCAUACGCGAUAAGCCUUCGGACUCCCAAAGGACGGAAGGCUUUAAUAAAUUUGUAGGCUUGAAAUUGCCAGAUACUACUAAUAGUUGGUUGGACAAAAGUAUGAGCCUUAGUGAAUGCAGGGACAAGUGCUUAAAGAAUUGCUCUUGCUUAUAA